CAACCUCAGCUCUGGGCACUCCGCAGGAGUAUCGGUCAUCCUGAGCAGGCCAGGUCCGGCCUGGCCGGGAGUGACACUGACACCCUGGCACAACAGCCGCCGCCGCCGCCGCCGCGGGCGCAGACGUCGCCGGGGCCGGUGAAGGUGGACAACGUCCCCAACCGCCGCCUGGGGGGUGUCCACGGCGUGCCCAUGUCACUGCCGGUUCGCCGGGCCCGCCUGUCUUCCCCCGGAACCAGUCGCCAGUCGUCCGAGGCCCGCGAAAAACUGCGGCGCCGCCUCUUGGGCCUCAUCGAGGGGAACCGAGUGAUGAUUUUCAGCAAGAGCUACUGUCCGCACAGCACGCGGGUUAAAGAACUCUUUUCUUCUUUGGGAGUUGAAUGUAAAAUCUUGGAACUUGAUCAAGUUGAUGAUGGGGCCAAUGUUCAAGAAGUGCUAUCAGAGAUCACUAAUCAGAGAACUGUGCCUAAUAUUUUUGUGAAUAAAGUACAUAUAGGUGGAUGUGACCAAACUUUCCAGGCACAUCAGAGUGGUUUAUUACAGAAGCUUCUUCAGGAAGAUUCAGCAUAUGAUUAUGACCUCAUUGUCAUUGGUGGUGGUUCUGGUGGCCUUGCAUGUGCUCAGGAAGCUGCCAUCUUGGGGAAGAAAGUGAUGGUGCUAGAUUUUGUGAUCCCAUCCCCUCAGGGUACAUCCUGGGGUCUUGGUGGUACUUGUGUAAAUGUAGGUUGUAUUCCUAAGAAACUGAUGCAUCAAGCUGCCCUUUUGGGACAGGCAUUAAGUGACUCCAGGAAAUUUGGCUGGGAGUAUAGUCAACAAGUGAAGCAUAACUGGGAGACCAUGACAGAAGCUAUUCAAAACCACAUUGGCUCUCUAAAUUGGAGCUACAGGCUGUCUUUGAGGGAAAAGGCUGUGGCCUAUGUAAAUUCCUAUGGAGAAUUUGUUGAGCAUCAUAAAAUAAAGGCAACCAAUAGAAAAGGACAGGAAACUUAUUAUACUGCUGCAAAAUUCGUCAUAGCAACAGGUGAAAGGCCACGGUAUUUAGGAAUCCAAGGAGAUAAAGAAUACUGUAUUACUAGCGACGACCUUUUUUCUCUGCCUUAUUGCCCUGGCAAAACAUUAGUAGUCGGUGCAUCUUAUGUGGCUCUGGAAUGUGCAGGAUUUCUUGCUGGUGUUGGCUUAGAUGUCACAAUUAUGGUGCGUUCAAUCCUUCUUCGUGGCUUUGAUCAAGAAAUGGCAGAGAAAGUGGGUUCCUAUAUGGAACAGCAUGGUAUUACGUUCUUAAGAAAAUUUAUACCUGUGAUGGUUCAACAGUUGGAGAAAGGUUCACCUGGAAAGCUAAAAGUAGUGGCUAAAUCCACUGAAGGCCCAGAAACUAUUGAAGGAGUAUAUAACACUGUUUUGUUAGCAAUUGGUCGUGACUCCUCUACAAGAAAAAUAGGCUUGGAGAGGAUUGGUGUCAAAAUCAAUGAAAAGAGUGGCAAGAUUCCAGUAAACGAUGUGGAACAGACCAGUGUGCCCUAUGUUUACGCUAUUGGGGAUAUUCUGGAAGAUAAGCUUCAGCUCACUCCUGUCGCCAUACAGGCAGGCAAGCUGUUGGCUCGAAGACUUUUUGGGGGUCGUUUAGAAAAGUGUGAUUAUAUUAAUGUUCCAACUACAGUGUUUACUCCUCUGGAAUAUGGCUGCUGUGGAUUAUCUGAAGAGAAAGCUAUUGAAGCAUAUAAAAAAGAGAACCUAGAAGUAUAUCAUACUUUGUUCUGGCCUCUUGAAUGGACAGUAGCUGGCAGAGACAACAGCACUUGUUAUGCAAAGAUAAUUUGCAAUAAAUUUGACAGUAAUCGCGUGAUAGGAUUUCAUAUUCUUGGACCGAAUGCUGGCGAAAUUACCCAAGGAUUUGCAGCUGCAAUGAAAUGUGGGCUUACGAAGCAGCUACUUGAUGACACUAUUGGAAUUCACCCCACAUGUGGUGAGGUAUUCACCACUUUGGAAAUCACGAAGUCAUCAGGACUAGACAUCUCCCAGAAAGGCUGCUGAGGCUAGACCUGCUGCUGUCUAGUCUCCCUUGUCAAUUCACAUUUAUUUCUAAGAUUAGAAUGCUUUCAGAUCAUGUGAGUCUGUGAUCAGGGCACCUGCUCUCUUGCACAGGCCCUAUUGCAGAGCUUUCUUCAAAGCAUGCAGAUGAGAAUGUAGACAAGGAGACAGGCAGCAGUGGGUGUCUGCUUAGCAGUCUCAGCUGACUGGGAGAGGCAGUUACACUGCUUCCUUGACGUCUUACUCUGAACCCCUUGUGAAGUGAGCUAAGACCAAUGCUCUUCCAAAUCAGAACUGAGCUUUCCUCCUAAAAGACCUUUUAAUCGCAUAACUAAUCUAAGUCAACUUUUCUGUUUCCUAGGGUUUUUAUCCCUUUGCUUUGUUGUUCCUAUGAAAAUAUUUUCUCAUUUAUAAAAUUAUAAAACAAUGAUCUUCCAGUGUGUGAGUGUGGAAGGCAUACGUGGUCGCUGGUGCAUGGUGUCUUUGGAAAUGCCCUGAAGUAGCUGGCUGCAGAGGACUGGAGUGCAUUAGUAGAAAGUUACACACACUAAAUAGAGUUUAGUUAGCUGUUUUCUCCUUUGAUUAUAUUCUUACCAACUGUCAGAAACGCACCUUACACUUCACCCUCUCCUGGUUUCCUGAUGGUAACCACCUUGGGCUCAGUGAUUCUCCUCUUAGUUUCUCUAGACUGAACAGUGUCUUUUGUCAGAGAGAAAUGCUUGUAUUUCUUUUUCAUAUUGAUCUUAAUAUAAAAGGUUUUCAAAUAAAAAGCAUUAUUUGAACUGUAUUUAAAA